CCCUCGAUUAAGCACCCUCUCGAAUAAGCGCCCCCCGUCUUCACCUAAAUUCGAAAUAAGCGCCCCGGGUAGCAUGCCAUUUUCGUCCCCAAAGUCAUCUGUCUCUCUUGGCCGGCGAGGCCUUGACAUGAAAAAAAAAAAAGCUGAUUCGGGAGACUCGUGAUUUGAUUGGCUGGAUCUUGCAAAAUAUCCACUGGUUGGUCCCCGAACCCUGGCCUGCGAACGCAGACGCAUUUCACUUAGGCAGCAAGGCCCGUCAGACGAAACAAAUGAAUGCCAUCCCCGGCUAGAAUUUACUUCACUUAGUAAAACUCGGUUAAGUUCUGUUGGUGCUCUAAUCGAACUGAUUUAUGUGACUAAACUUCGAAUGAACAAAAUCAGGUGAUGGGCUCCUGACAAAAUGAGACGGGAUGACGGUGUGUACCAUUUCACGGCAUUUGGAAAAACUUCUAGAAGAAAUGACUGUUCCGUUUCACUAUCCAACGAAACGACUCCGUAGUUCAUCAUGGAACAUGGCAAUAACGUGAAAAAGGAAAAUAGUUCCCUGAUUUUCAAAUCAUUCUGGUAAAAACGAGAAAAUUAAGAACGCAGCUGUAUUCUGAAUCUGCUUGGCAGUGCAAAUUAAAUAUUAACGAUAAAUUGGCCUGCUUUCAGCCAAUCACUAAGAAGUCGUCUCUUUCAUAAAAAUAUAUGUUAUAAUUAGCAAGCUGUCAGUGUUUUUGAGUGCUUGCCUUCUAUUGUUUACAUUAAAAUUUAUGUGUUAAAGUGUUUAAGAAGUGUUGGUAAUUAAUGUUACCUAAUAUUAGUUCUAGAUCGUCAACUAGUGUUGACCGUUCAAGAACUGAGACGCAACAUGGGUCUUGAUGCGCUCCACUUUGUCAGUUUCCUUGCUGUGCUCAUAUCAGUGAGCUCUGAGGAAACUUCAAAAGGGCAGCCAGCUUUCCGUGACAAUGGCAUUUUGUAUGCCAACUUCAAGACUCACAGCAACUCCUACUUAAAUAUAACAAGUGUUGGUACAGAACUUGUUAAAGACAUCACAGAGUGUGGGUUUGCAUGUGUUGCUAAAGAUUCCUGUUUCUCUUUUAACCUGGCGCGGAAUAAAGCAUUUCCGCGGCUGUGUGAGCUGCUGCCUUCAAACGUGUACAGCAAGGCGGACAAGGUCGUUUCAAGUCAAUCGUAUGAUCAUUUCAGCAUUCCGUCGCCAUGCUCGAGUGGACCGUGCCAGAACAAUGGAACCUGCGAACCAGUUUAUGAGACGGAUAGCUUUAUGUGUCUUUGUGGAAAAAGAUACACGGGAAAGAACUGUGAGAAAGUUGAUAGGAACUGCAGCUGUUUAUCAGGGUUAGGCAGAAAGAAGUCGUGUAAAACAGGGUACCGCUUGAUAUUUCCAGAGAAUCGAAGUGUCCAAAACUACGCCAUGAAGCAACCAGCCAUAUCGUCUAACCUCAACGCAUUUUCCUUGUGCCUUUUUCUGAAAGUGAUCCCAGACAACUUCGUCAAUCACGUUAUCAGCUAUGCCAGAAACAGCGAUAAUGAUUUGACUAUUUAUUUUUCAAGUCAGCUGGUGGGGAUCCAUAUAUUAGGCGCGGAGGCGAGGACUAUUCCCAGCAUUCUGCUCGCAGAUAGUAUCUGGCAUCACCAUUGUUUCACGUGGAGCAAUACUAAUGGUGAAUACAAAUUCUAUAAGGAUGGCAAACUGGAAGGCCAAUAUGUUAAUGUCGAAAAAGGUCACAUGAUUCCGUCUGGAGGUGUAAUGGUGCUCGGACAGGACCAAGACAGCAUUGGAGGAGGUUUCGACGCCCAACAAGCUUUCGUUGGUGAAUUGACAGAACUGAACAUGUGGGACAGCGUUUUAUCUGAAAGCGAUGUUGCAGCCCAGUACGAGAACUGCAGCAUACCCCAUGGCUCAGUUCUGACUUGGCCUUUUUUCAAAGAUGCAGUCCAUGGAAAAGUGCAAGUGGUUGAACCAUAAUCUACUCCAUCAGCUCAAAAAGGGUUACCACCAAAAUAUUUUAAAACUAGGUUUGUUUUUGUAGUCAUAGCUAUAGCAAAACUCUCACUUCAGUUGAGAAAAACACAGUACCCAAAAUAAAUUCUUUUAUCAAGUAACGAGGCCUUUUAUAAUCCCAAUCUUUCUUUUCCUCUUUUGCCUCAUAGUUCCGUUGUUUUAUUUGGUGGUUUGUUUGUUUGUUUAUCUUGUUAUUUUUACUUUGUUUUGUUCCUCGAUCGCAAAGUCGUAUUAUCAGUUAAUUUCCCGUAUCUCGGGAACAUAUUGUUAUUUGAUAGUAGGUUUCGCCUUCGCCUAAGUCUAUUUGUGGAAAAUGUUCGUUCUGAUUAUCGUAGCUCAUCUCACGUAAUCGCAACCAUGUUUUCAGUGAUUCACUCAAUGUCUAGUCGACUUAUUAUGAUCGAGACGUGAAAAGUAGCAAUUGCAAAAACUGCAAUGGGUAGUAAAGUUCGCCUUUGAGAGUAAUGUAAAAAUAUAACUUUGGAGGGAUUACCUUAGGAACAUUGCCAAUAGAGGGUAAUAACUCCUCUCCCUUCAUGUGUCUUACUCAGACUUAUUACCGCAAUAAUAAACAUAUAAUGGAGGAAGCGUUGUCGAGCGGUUAAAGCGCUGUACUUGUAACCUGGAGGGUUCCACCGAACUGCCAUUGGGGUACCGUCUAUUAGUGUGUCUCCUUCAAAAUGCUUUGUAAAUAACCGACCGGUUAAAUUCCUACCAGAUGGGAUUCUUGAACAAUAACGUUUGUUUAAAAUAGCUGUUUGUCCUUUCCAGUAGGUUACUUGAAAAGUGACUGCUUUGUCGCAAAUGAAUAAUUUUUUAGCUUAGUACACAUCCCGUCUACCGAUAUUCAUCUGUAAUUUAAGGGAUUUGUUUGGUUAAUUAAUUAUGAGUGUAACUUGGUGCACUAAAAUCAAUAACAUGGAAAGAGAAACACCGAAAUCGGAAAAGACUCGAAAGGAAAGGGUUAACACUGGGGCAAGUCCUUGGCGGCUAUCCCCCAAUUAGCGAUUACUUCCUAGCUAGUUGGAAUUAGAUAAGAAUCAUUCUUAAAAGAGUGUUCCAAGCUUAGUCGGCGUAAUCCAAUGUUACUGGUUUCAGUCCAUGCCGUACUUUUGAGCUUGUGAGUAUAGUCGUGAUGACUGGUAGCAUGAAAUGAGCGUCGCAGCAAAAUGUAUGGCAUUUACUAGACGAGUAAAAGCAUUUGACAUAAGUUACAAGGAUGAACUGUGAACAUUGGCAAUAUAACCAAGAAGAGAACUGUGAAAUCUGAUAUAACAUCGCUCAGUUGCUUGUAGUGUAUAAAUUUACUCUCAUCUAUAUUUAACUUUAAAGUAAAGUUAUCCAUAUACAGUAAGUGGGAGUCACCUCCAUUUAGGUUCUUUAUGCCUUUGUUGUUCUUCUGGUUUUCCAGUUUGAUUAAACUCGAAGUAAUCUUGUUCUAGUUACGCCAGCAAGAUUAUUUUAGGUUUCCUAGGUUGUUUUCACAAUUAUGCUUCCGUUGGCAGCUGUAGUAGCGCAAAGUGAGUUGGUUUGAGUUUAUUUAAGCUUAUAACCUAAACACGGUUAUUGAUUGCCAAGGAUCUCUGCCUUGUCAAAGUAGCCCCCUCCUGUGAAGGCUCUAGUACCAAUUGACCCAUCACAGUUGUUUAUAUAGAUGCGACACUUUAGCUCAUUUAAAAGAAAUAAAGUCGAUUGGUGACUCAGAAUGUGAAGUCUUCUCUUGAGCUUUAGUAGAUUGUAAAAUAGUCAUUCUCCCUCAAAAAGUUUAUACUGGGAGGGGAGGAGCGCAAAACUUCAGAGACGUUCACGCCGAACUUCCAUUUCAUGCAAUUACGCUCUUUCCAGUAUUCGUUAAAGACAGUAGGUGCAAAACUAAGGACUGAUUCAAGAAGUACCUCCAUAACUGAGCGUGUUAACCAUUCCCCGAAGUUCCACUAGUAAUGGUGAAGUUUAGGGUAUCUUUAAUACUAUGAAAUAAACAGAAAACCGAUUUGGGGACUAUGAUUAUUGUCAUUGACCGAUUUACCUUUGGAAGACAAGUAAUACGUCUAACAUUAAGUGCGCUUAAGUAAAUGUGAGACAGAAAACCAGUGUGUUGACGAAAAAACGCUGUUGGGAGAGAGACUGUCGGUCGCUUGAUUACAAAUUUAAGUUAACAGAUUCACAGUUCUGAGAAGUUCGUCUGUUUAAUUUAUGCGCCUUCCAGUUGCAUAAGCCCGUUAAGUUUUAAAUGUCGCAUAGAUUCCGUUUUUAGCCACAAACGUAUAAUACCUCUAAGAUGCAUUGUUCCUCUGCGUCCUGCCGAACGUGAAGCAAACGCGAAAAAAGUGCGGCAGCAACUGGCCCCAGUUUCUACGCGGCCUUUUCUAUUUCUUGGUUUGUUCAACCGCUGCCGGUUUUUUUUGCUUCCAGUUGAAGCUAAAAUUGACAACAACAAAACAGAAAAGACGAUAGAAUGCUUUUUUAUUUUUAUAUUUCUAUCCGUCACGUAUUCAGCGUAUUUUAAAUUAACUAUUCCAUCAAAACCACAACGGUCAAAGCAAAAACAACUUCUGUUAUAGUUUGCUUUCCCAAUUCAUUUCAUCUUGUUUUCUUGGAAACGCCAGGACGCCAAAGGAAAAAAGGUAAUGUCAUGUAAAAGGCGAGAGUAAUGUUGCGAUAUUAUACUUAUCAAACCAUCUCUUAGCGAUGUUCUCUUUUGAGAACUAAUCAAAUAAAGCCACCUGAAAAGUUAAGUUUUUAUUGCCGUGAGCGCAAACUGUUCUAAAGAGUGACGCUUAAAAGUUGCUAUCAUUCUCCCAAGUGCAUUCAAACGUCACACCAUCAGCGAAUCUAAUUCAAGUUUAUUCAUUUGGCUUUAACUCUACUAUGGGUAUCUACUUUGCGCAAUGGACAAAUCAUAUAGGUACUUCUUAAGGUCAUUCCGCUGAAAUAGAACCUGCAC